GUGACAAAAAGUGAAGGUGGUUGUAGUUCUCUUCCCCCUCACUCUUAUCACAAUGUCACUUAGAGCCGCCACACAACGUGCAUUCAACAUGCGCGCUUUAGUUUCAACCACACGCCAACCCAUCAUGAUGACCUCAGUUCGUCCUCAAUCCACCUUAAAUACUGGAGAACUUGUUGAGGAUCCUCAAAUUGGUGAUUAUCCCAAUUUGCCUCGUUACAGUACUCAAGCUAGAGGGCCUCAUGGCUGGUGGGAUCCUCAAGAUAAACGUAACUUUGGCGAAACACUUCAUGAAGAAGAUGAAAUCAUGGGUGUUUGGGCACCUGAUCUUCAUGAAUACAGCCCUCGUAAGGCACUUGCACAAUUAGCAUUUUUCUUUGGUGUCGUCGGCGCUGUCGCUGGACUCGUUUACAAGACUUAUCCUGAAAGCCCAGCUGCUAAGCGAACCUAUCCCUAUGAUGGAUUAAAAGAAGAAUUUGGAGCUCGUGAAGGUGAUAUUCGUCCUCGUGGUGCUCGUGUUGAAAAUGCAGAAGAAGAAGAAUAAAUUUUCGAUUGGAAUUAAUAAAAAUUGUUUAAAUUGUGUGUAUUCUUGCUCUGGAUGAUUUAGGUAACAAGCUGAAUAAAUGACAUGUUUGAGUAUUCCAUUACCAAUCUGAGUAUUAUCAGAGGACAUAUAUAUAUGCAAAUGCAUGUUCAUUAAGCGGGAAAUCAGGGAUAGAGUUGGUACUUUUAUAAUUGAAUACGUAUACGACACUUUCUCUUUAGAGUUUGUUGUAUGUUUGCAUUGUGUCCACCCAAUGAUCUUUCGGAUACAUCCUUUAUGAUAAGAGUAUACGAAUAAAG